GUCACAUUGAGACAAGUCUCUCUCUUUUCCGCUGCUCCCUAUGCUGACAGGCAGGAUGGCGCUGGAGCUGUACCUGGAUCUGAUCUCCCCACCCUGCCGGGCCGUCUACAUCUUUGCAAAGAAGAACAACAUCUGCUUCGAGUUCAAGCCUGUGGAGCUGUUCAAAGAUUCCAUUCUGGGGAGGAAAAUGUCAGGUGGACAGUCACAUGAAGGGCAACAGCAUACGGAGGAGUUCGCUAAAGUGAACAUCCUAAAGAAAGUGCCAGUACUGAAGGAUGGAGUCUUCACCUUAGCAGAGAGCACUGCAAUUCUUCUGUAUCUGAGCCGGAAGUACAACACUCCUGACCACUGGUAUUCAUCUGAUUUACAGAAAAGGGCCCGGGUAGAUGAAUACCUGUCCUGGCAUCAUAACAGCUUCCGGAGAAUUGCUCCCAAGACCUUGUGGAUCAAGGUGCUCAUUCCCCUCUUCACGGGCCAGGCAGCGCCCCCAGAGAAGCUGCAGGAAGUUAUCGAUGAGCUGGCUGCUUCCCUGGUGCAGUUUGAGGAGAAGUUCCUGCAGGACAAGCCCUUCAUCAUGGGCAGCGAGAUCUCCCUGGCAGACCUGAUGGCUGUCGUGGAGCUCAUGCAGCCCGUUGGAGUCGGUUGCCACAUCUUUGCGGACAGGCCCAAGCUGGCAGCAUGGCGCAGCCGGGUGGAGGAAGCUGUGGGGAAGGAGCUCUUCCAGGAAGCACAUGAGCAGAUCCUGAAUAUCAAGGAACUCAGCAGCAUCGAAGUCGAGCCAAAGCUGAAAGAGCUUCUGGCACCGACACUGAUGAAAAUGCUGAAAUGAGUUUAUGUUCUGUUACCAUUUAAAAUGCAUCUUUCCGCCUUCCUGCUCCUCCAGCACCGUGAGUAACUGCCCUUCACAAGACUGAGAAUGCUCUGUAGAAUUUUCCAUGUGGAAAAUGCAAACCUGCCCUCCCCUGAUCCAUUUUAGCCUCUUUAGGGUCAGAUGCUGGUGAAAUCCUAGAAUCAGAAGCUAUAAAUUCAUGGGAAGCAUCUGAGAACUUAGGUCCAACAGGUUAUUUUUUAAUAUACAGUUCUGGGUUUUAUUUUUAGCCUUCCUAAUCCUUGAAACUUGGUAGAGAUAAGAAACUUUUUCCUGGCAAAUUCUGAGUUAAUCUAUAAGUUGGGGACUCUUGACAGCUGUAUGCCCCAAUGUUCCCUUUCUUCUUUCUAGGGUAAUGAGGCAAAACCCCACUGUGUUUUCAUGUUCUUUGUAGCCUUCUCUGCUGCUUGUAGACUUUCCUGAGAUGUUAAACACUGAAAACUAUAAAUGAUUGGUCUCCAUUUCUUUUACAUGUAACCCAUAUAGAUAACUCAAAGGCUGUGUCUAGACUGGCAAGUUUUUCCGCAAAAGCUUGCCUGCUGUCUACACUGGCCACUUGAA